GGGAACCGCUCCUCGCGGCGGACGGACGUCCAUUCGUUUUCGCUCAGACCUCGUGAUGGAUGUUGCAAAAUUCCUUCGCAGGAAAUUACUUGCGGACAAGAAACAGAAACUAAGCAUCUCAUAAAAACCUGACAAGAAGCAAGCGAUUCCACCGUCGGCCUUUGCAAAUCAGUUUCACACGGCGUUAGUUGGGAGAGGAUUUGUCGUUUGGAAACCGAAACCAAACACCACAUCCGGAUCUGAUGGAGUCCGGAUUUAGUCCAACCUGAAUAUCGUCGGAUUUUGAGCAUGGAAGGAAUAGGCGCCGUUCGCAGCGGGGAGAAACCGUACCUGUGUUCCGUGUGUGGACGAGGCUUCAGCCAGUCGUCUGGCUUAACGAGACAUAAAUGCAGCCACACUGGGGAGAAACCAUGGAAGUGUGGGGACUGCGGGAAGGGGUACCGAUCCCCAUCAAAGCUAGAGACUCAUCGACGCAGUCACACUGGGGAGAGACCAUUCACCUGCUCCACGUGUGGGAAGGGGCUAACUCAGUUAUCCAGCCUGCUGGCACACCAACGGGUUCACACCGACGAGAGACCGUUCACCUGCUCAGACUGUGGAAAGGGCUACAAAAGUUCCGGGGACCUGAUUUGCCAUCAACGUCUUCACACUGAGGAGAGACCCUUCAGGUGCUCUCACUGUGGGACUGGCUUCAGGCGAUCAGCUCAUCUCACUGUACACCAGCGGGUUCACACUGGCGAGAAGCCGUUCGUCUGCUCUGUGUGUGGCAAGGGAUUUACCCAGACCUCCACCCUGCUGACACAUCAGCUGGUUCACACUGGGGAGAGACCGUUCACUUGCUCCACGUGUUGGAGAGGAUUCACAACCUCAUCCCACCUGCUGAGACACCAGCGAGUCCACAAGGAGCAGCAGUGAUUGGAUCGUGCUGUGAAUCACAUCCAGGAUUACCCCAUGUUUAUCAUGGACUGUGUCAGGUGAUGUGACUGAACUUCAGCCCUGAUAAAGGGGUUAAUAUACUAGAUAAAGGCUAAAUAUAUCAACUUUGGUACAGAGUGUCAAGUCUUUUUAAUAUGUCUAACUACACCUUCAUUACUUUUGAAGAUUCUUC